AUGGGGGACGCCAUGAUGGACGGCGGUUUGGCGCGGCGCGCAGGCGCGGCGGUUGGGUUUGAAUCGUGAGGCGCCAGCGGCGGCCCGGCCCUAUGGGCGCUGAGGGGACGGGGGUCAGCGGCACAGAGCGGUGAGAACGGCGAGAACGGCCGAACAGCGGGGGAGAAAGGAGUGAAUGUUUUACAGGAGAAAUACUUCCUGCAGAAAUGGACAAAAUUUACAUGGACUCUAACGCGGAGAAUGAUAACACAGAGCACAUCAGAAGAAAACGGCUGUCCUCUAUAUUAAAGACUCCACGAAAUCCUCUUGAUGAUCUAGGAAAUGGGAAUGAACUCACUCAGGAUCUUAACAUAGAAAAGCGUAGGAAAAGCUCUCGACGUGUCAGCUUUGCCAACACCAUAAAUUGCAGGGUCUUCCAUCAAGAUCUCAAGAACAAUGCAGCAGAAAGAGAAAAUGAAGCAGAAGAAACUGAGAGUGAUGUCCUGCUUAAUCAAAAUGAAGAACCUGAAGCUGCUCCAUGUGGGAUCACUGGAAUGAGCACUUUGCUUCAUGCCCCUAUCCAGUCAUUGGCGCAGCAGACUGAGUGCCAAGAUGUGGACAGCGCUAUUCCAAGAACAAAUAGGCCUGAUACAACUGUCAUCUUCACAGAUGAAAAUGAAAUGGAUAUGACAGCUAGUCACACUGCAGUGAUUGCACGUAACCGGAUAAACAGUGAAAGUGACAAAACUGAGAAAAUAGAUAUUGUGUCGUUUCUGGCUGAGUUAAACUCUACCAAUGGAAAGGCAGAAAAAAGCAAAGAUUUUCAUUUUUCCUUUGAUACUGCAGACCAUUUUUGCCCAUCUUUUGAACAGAAGGAAGAUGCUACUACAGGAAAGAAAAUACAUUCCAAUGAGUUUCUGAUGAACUUGAACUCAAAUGAAAAAACACUUAAUCCUAUUGAAGGGCCUGAAAAAGAGAACCUUUUUUUUGUCCCUUCACAAGUUUCAGAAAACAUGGCACGAUCCUCAGUGGAAUAUGUAUAUUCCUGUAAACAACUGUCCACCUGCAAUGUAACAAAAAUUUUUAGAGAGCAAGAUGAUGGAAUGGAAAUAACAAAAUGCCAAGCAUCUGAUAUUCAAAAUAUGCAUUCUGGUCUUGGUGAGGUUCCAGCAGAGCAGUUGGCAUUUGCAGAUGUUACUCGGGCAUUUGCAGAUGAUGGAAUGGAUAUGACAACAAAUCACACUGCAAAAAUUCAUUUUCCCUUUGCCAUUGUAGGGAAUCAAAACUUAAGCUUCAAAGAGGAUUUUUCAUCCAUGGAGCUAGUGAACGAUAGAGUUAUCGUGAAGAGAACAUCUCACCAGCAAUUAAUCAUAAAUCAAGACCCUCAACUUUGUACAAGCAAAAAAGUGGUAAAUGUUGAAGACACAGUAGAUACUGCAGCACUGCGGGCUUUUAAGCAGGAGACCAGAACAUUGUCUUCUAUCCCAGGAUCUGUUUCUUCUGACACUGUUUUCCGAGAUGAUAAAACUGCUGUUUUUCCUCAGUGUGAUGACAUGGAAAUUACUGGGAAUUACAGAGAUGUAUUCCAUAAUGCAAGCACCGAAGGAAUGAACAAUUCAUGUCAUAAAGCUUCUGAAAAAACAGUUAACAGAAAUUCAUUGCUAGUAGAAAGAAGACCUCCAGUAAACAAUGACAACACGAGAAGUCUGUCCUUAGAUGAUAGAACUUCUCUGUCACAUAAGAAUGAUGCACGUGAACUAUCUUCAGGCUCAGAUCGACAAAGUGUAAGAGUAACCCCAGAUCACAGUGCUGCUUCAUUGAACUCUGGCUUCAAUUCAUGUACAAAUUCAGUAUCUACUGGUUCCUCUAAGGGUAGUCUUCAGGGCAGACUAGCAAACUCCCUACUUGUUUCACUACCGGGUGUGAAAACUGCAGUGUUUUCAGGAACAGAUAAGGACUUGACUAAAAAUGUUGUUGGCAAGGGUUACAGAGGGAACACUGAAAAUGAAUUUCCUCCUGGAACGUCCAACUCUGUCACAGGUAAACCACAUUUUCUUGAUAGUAGGUCUGUAUCUUCCAAUUCAAGGGAGCAGGAAAAAAUGGAAAUAACUAAAUGUCAGUCAGUUGUCAGUGGUGAUCAAAGCAUUGGGAUAACCACAGAAGCAAAACAAAUGCACUGUAAAAUAAUUCCAAGUAAGAACCAGAGCAAUAACAUUAGUGAUGCUGCAUGUUCUUUGGAUAGGGACAAGGAAAAUCUUGAGGCAAUUGGUGCUGAUAUCAGUUUUAGACAAAGCCAGGCUAUAGAAAUGAAUGCUAGAGGUGUUGAGGUGGCAACAGUCAAUAAGAAUCUUGGAAAACCAGGCUUUCAGGCUAGUAGUCUGAGUUCCUGUGCAAAGAGCAUGUACUCAGUCCAGGAGCAAAAGAGGGAAGUCUCUGAAAAUAUUGCUACUGACAAAGGUGCAUUCACAUCAUUGCAAAGUGAAAAAGUACAUGUUUCUCAGCCUUUGGGAAAUAAACUUCUGAAUUCUUCAGUUUCCUGCACAAAUGACAAAAGAGCCAUGUUUUCAGAUGAUGAAAAUGUGCAUAUAACCGAAGCUCAUUCUUCAGUUGUUACUCCUAUUAAUAUAGUACAAGAAAAUGAGAAUACUCACGUUCAAAAUAAUGUUAAAGCCAGACAGCUGCAAAACCAGAACUUCCAGUUUUCUGAUAAUUCUGAGAUAGAACAUACAAGGGGUGUUGAAGAGAGGUCAGUAGCCAGUAAUUCUAAACAACUUAAGGGAAGUUUCCAGUUGCCUUCCUUUUUGGAAAAGUCAGUUGUAUUUCCCUCUGGUGAAAACAUGGACUUGACUGAAAACUCUGCGGUAGUUGCUCCUGGUCAAAAUAUCUGUACUAUUUUCCCAGGAAGAAAAGCAGCACCGGGACAUAUUGAAGAUAAAAGUAAAACAUUCUUAAAAAAAGAGGUGACUGGAAAAACGCAUUUGCUUUCUGCAGGUGAGAAAACUAUCAUCUUUUCAGAAGGUGCUAACAUGGACAUCACUGGAAAUCAUACAACUACAACAGGCAACAAAACAAUUUUGCAGCCUAAAGUUUUGAACAAUGACAUGUCCUUCAUUUCUGAAGAUCAAACUUGUGUUUUUACAAAAAAUAAUGACAUGGAGAUAAGUAGGCUUGAUUCUGUUACAACUGAUAAUUCUCUGGAAAAAACUGUCUCUCAAGGAAUGCUUUACAGAACUAAUAGAAGGAAAAGCUUGAAGGGAACAAUAGGGGAAAAGACUGUUUUAUUUUCACUGAGUGAGAAUAAUGACAUGAGCAUCACAGAGGGACUUACAGCAGCAAUUAGCCGUGAAAUCGUCUCACAAAAUGAGGUAGGGUUUCCUUCUCCAUCUUCAGCUCAUCCUGUUACAAAUGUUACAUUCACAAGUAACAAGGCUGACGCAGGUAUUAAGUCUUGCUCUGCCAAUAAAAUUACUGCAAAAGUUUCAUGUGAUGAUGCAUUGAUCUCGGAUAAAACUGUUGGAUGGGAAGUUCCUUCAAAUGGAGAAGCUACUAUGUUUGCUAUGGAUGAUAUGGAAAUCACUAAAGCCCAUAAUGUAUCUCUAAAAGAAAAUUUUCUGAAAGGUAGGCAACCCAAUCAGUCUGUUGCUUUAACUUCCUCAAUUAUGUUUACAAGUGACCAGGCUGAUAUGGAAAUAACUGAGCAUCACCCUGUUGAUGGAAGUGUUGAAAGGGAUUUAUGUGAGGAUAAAUUAAAUCUACCCACACAGACUGUACAGGAGGCACUUUCAGAUAGCAAAACAGUCAUAUUUCCUUUGGCUGAGAAUAUGGACAUCACUGAAACUCAUGAUGUAUUAAGUGGUAAGAUCCGUGUAUGGAAUGGAAGGUCGACUCCAGCUAUUUCUGCAGUUCCUGCUGAUAAGACCAUUGUAUUUUGCCACAACCAAGAUGAUAUGGAAAUGACUUCAUUACAUACUAUUGCUGUUAAAAACAAUACUGAAGGAUCUGAAAAUCAAGAAGCAUCACAUAAAAGCUCUCUACAACCAGACUUGCAUAGUGCACCAUCGUCCUCUUGCAGAGAUGAAAUAGAUUCUCUACAAAUAAAAGACCUGAAUGGUGGGGAUCAUAAAAAAUGUAAUAUUAAGCCCUUAAUUCCUUCUGUUUCAUCAGCCUCAGCACUGCCUACUGAGGAAGGACAUACCAAAGCCCACGGUGGCACAAUAACAGAUUCUACUUAUUUCUCAGUUCCAAAAGAUGCUUUGGAUGUCCAGGCAUUACUUCCUUCCACAGAAAAUCCAAAUCCUGUAAACAAUAAGCAGGAUCUUUUACAUCCAGGAGCAAUGAAAUCAAGGAGAGCAUCUUUCAAGCUGCCAGGUAAUAUGGACUGCAGUGAAGAAAGUAGAGUUGAGAGAUCCCAUGUUUUUCUUCCUGCUCAGCACUCAGAUUCUUUGAAGGGUCCUCCAGAUGCACUUAGUACUCAGAGAAAUCAAGUAUUGACAGAUGAUUCAUCUAGGCAUGAAAAUCUAGCUACAGAUUUAGCUAUGGAUGGAGCAGGUGUUGCUCCAGUUUCUAACAAGGAAUUGGAAGAAAAUGUGCUGUCAGCUGAAGGAGAGGCAACAGAAUUCCAAGUAAACUCUGAACAAACUAAGCAACUUUCAGUCAGUGAUAAUCUGAGAGAUCCAAUAGAACCUGAGCCUGAAUUAUCAGGUAUUUUAAAUAUUUGUUCAAAACUGGAAAAUAUUAGAAGGAAAUCUAUAGUUGUUUCUGAAACUGUUCUUUCUGACCACUUGCUGAAGUUACCGACUCAACCAGAGAAUACCUUGAGGUUAGGAAGAAAUAGCAUAAAUGAACAAGAGUUAUGUUAUGACAAAGAGCAGGAGAAUGCAUGUCUUGAAUCUGGAGCUGCUCCCACACAUGCAAAUUUAGGAAUGGCACUUAAGGGCAGAUAUCAAGGAAGAAAUGUCCCUCUAGGUAUCUUUCAGCCUAAACUACCAAACAGAAGAAAUCCUUCUGUUUCAGGUGUGCAAGACAUAAAUGCAAAAUCUUCAGGCAAAGCAGAAUCACCAUUUCCAGAAGUAAAUCUGAAUACCAUUAAAGCUCCAGGUUUUGAUAACUUAAUUAGGCAGAACUUCAGCCCUUCUCAGUUUAUAGCAGAAGAAUUUCUUCCUGUCUGCCCAGAAGAAAUGGAUUCAAAUGAUUCUGUAAGCUCUGAUUUUGUGGAAGAGGCUUGCGACAACAAAAACAAAAGAGAAAUCCACCACAAUGAAGAGAUUCAAGUUGAAGAGACAAAAACUCACAACAGUGCAAAAAGAACUUUGAAAUAUGUUGAGGAGGAUCUUCAAAAUCUAAAGAAGCUCAAGGUGGAUGAAAUCGUGGUUGGUGAGACCUCCCAAGACUUGCAGGUUACUUAUGGCACUGUACCUGAAAGUCAAACAGAAGUUGCUGAAAGUGAAAAUUCUCCUCAUCUAUCAGCUAAAAACCCUGACUGUACUCAUGCCAACAGCAGCAGCUCUCUAGACUCUGUUAAGGCUGACACAGAAUUAACAAUUCAACGAAGCAGUCAAAUGGAGUCGCACCUUCUCAUAGAUAGCAUUUGUGAAGAUAAUUUGUGGGAGAAAUUUCAGAGUGGUGUCAUCACAGUUGGGGAGUUUUUUACUCUUCUUCAAGUUCAUAUUCCAAUUCAGAAGCCCCGGCAGAGCCAUAUUCCAGCUAGUUGUGCUGUCAGUGCUCCACCUACUCCAGAAGACCUGAUUCUCAGCCAAUAUAUUUAUCGUCCCAAGAUGCGUAUCUAUGAAGAAGAUUGUCAGGCUCUUUCUCAGAUGAUAGCUGAAUUAAAACAGUAUGUAAGUGUCCAGGAUCAACCACUAGUGAACGUGAAUAAGAGUUUGUGGGAAGUAAUGAGAACCUGCUCUGAUGAAGAGCUGAAGGUCUUUGGAGCAGAACUGAACAAAAUGAAAUCCUAUUUCAUCAAGGAAAGUAAAAUCCUGGCUCACAACGAGAAAGAGGCGCUAUACAGCAAAUUGCUGCAGAGUGCACAGGAACAAUAUGAAAAGCUCCAGUCAAGAAUAACAAACAUGGAUGAAUUGCUUAAGGAGGCAGAAAGUUGCCUUGCAGAUCUGGAAGCAGAUUCUGAAUGGGCAGAAUGUGAAACAGACUGCAGUGAUGAUGAAAUGGAAGGAGAGGACUCUGAAUCAAGAAAACUAGAAGAAGAAUUGGGAAGCCUCAAAGGUCAAGAAGAGGAACUUCAAAGAGAACUGUCAGACCUGGAGACUGAGAAUGAGCGAAUACUUGCUGAAAUGAAGCAUCUACAGGAAGAUGAAAAGAGCUGCCAGGAACUCCUGGAGAGAUUCAACUUCACUGAGUGGGAGAUCAGUGAAUGGAGUGAACGACAGGCAGUCUUUAAUUUUCUUCAUGAUUCUAUUGAACUCACAGUAGAGUUUGAAACCCCAAAAGAUGGUGAUGUUUAUGGCGAAAACCCUUCCAGAAAAAUAGUUAGUCUGAGCUUUGAAUCUCUCUUGGAUGAGGAAAAAGCUCCUCUCUCCUCCUGUUUAGUUCAAAGACUGAUAUUCCAGUUCAUUGGAAGUCAGGGAUGCUGGCAGGAAAAGUGUCCCACGCUGCAAUAUUUGCCCCAGGUGCUUCACGAUGUCUCUUUGGUGGUGAGUCGCUGCAGGAUCUUAGGAGAGGAGAUUGAAUUUCUGGAGAGAUGGGGUGGAAAAUACAAUCUUCUCAAGAUGGAUAUCAUUGACACAGAUCUGAAGCUCCUCUUCUCCUCUUCCACUGCUUAUGCAAAGUUUGAGUUGACACUGUCAUUAUCAUCCCACUACCCAUCAGCUUCACUGCCUUUCACCGUUGGAAAAAGAAUUGGAAAUAUAGGACACGAGGAGAUUUCUGCUGUUCUCUCUAAAGUACCUGUUGGUUACCACUACCUAAGAAGAACAGUGAGCUCGAUACAUCAAAAUCUGCUCCAGCUUCCCAGUUGAUUGCUUAGAUCUGCAUGCAGGAGUGAAGAAGUCAGAGGACAUUCUUUGCCUUGUGUAUCAUACAAACUCAGUGUCUCUCUCACCGGUCACCUUGGUGUCCUAUAUUCUUCCCUAGAAUGGCUGUUUGCCUUACAUAGCUUGUGCUUAAUCAUGACCUUGAAUGCUUUGUUCCUAGUGAGAAGACUGAGCUAUUGAAAUUAGAGGAGCCAUCCUUUUAUGUCAUCGGUGCACUCCAGAUUGACGUUGUAUAUAGGCUGUGUAUUACAUAGAUUGAGCUGCUGACAUCGAUGUAACCCUUGUGAGUUGAUAGUGUUGACAUUCCUCCUGUUUCUAAGCCCUCUAUAGGUAGAUAAUGUUUUGUACCUGUAAAAUACAUUGAAUUUGAAAGUUGUUUUCACGUGCCUUAAGCGCAUAUAUAUAUUUGUUGCUCUCCGUUGGGAAGGUGGAAGUUCAUUAAACUUUUGACUCAUUCCUUUUCCAA